AUGUCGUUGGACGAGAAGUCUGUGCUGGGCGAUGAUAAGCGGUCGGGGGAUGUUGAGGCGGUGGCGGAAGCCUUGGACGGCCCAGAGGAGGACAUUGUCGACUUCGAUGAGAAAAAGGAUCUGAAGCGCGGCUUGCACCAAAGGCAUAUUCAGAUGAUUGCUUUGGCAGGGACGAUUGGCACGGCAAGUAGAAGAUACACUCGUCCCUCCGGCCAAGCAAUCGUCCAGGGAGGACCCCUCGGUGCUUUCCUCGGCUACCUCAUCACAGGCUGCCUCGCUGCGUGCGCCGUCAUAUCUGUGGCAGAGAUGAGUGCUUUGGUGCCCUUGAGUGGUGCAGCUAUUCGCCACGCGGAGUACUUCUUCGAUCCUGCCCUUUCCUUCGCCGAAGGGUGGAACUCGGUCUACGCCUGCUGCGUCGGCACGCCCGCAGAAAUGUCCGCUGUUGCCGUCCUCAUGCAAUUCUGGACGCCGGUCAGCAAUGCAGUGUGGAUCACCGUGUUCGGUAUUCUACUGCUCGCGUCAAACUUGUUCUUCGUCCGCGUUUAUGGCGAGAUUGAGUUUUCUUUGGCUAUGCUGAAGAUCAUGCUCAUAAUCGGCGUCAUCCUCAUGGGCCUCGUCAUCGACUUGGGCGGCGUCGAAGGACAAGAGCGAAUCGGCUUCCGAUACUGGCGGGAUCCUGUGAGCCCCUUCGUGCAAUACCUCGACAUCCCCGGCCCGCUCGGCCGCUUCGCUGGCUUCUGGGCGACCCUCACGAGCGCCGCGUACUCAUACUCCGGCAUCGAGAGCAUCACGAACGCCGCCGCAGAGACCAAGAACCCGCGCCGCAAUAUCCCCAAGGCGGCGAAGCGCAUAUUCUGGCGCAUCCUCAUCUUCUAUGUGCUUGCGAUCUUGGUGGUGACGAUGAUCGUGCCGUCCAAUAACGAAAACUUGUUGUCUUCGACCGGGACGGCUACGCAGUCGCCUUUUGUCAUCGCAGCGAAUCUGGCGGGGAUCAAGGUCGUCCCGCACAUCAUCAACGCCGUCGUGUUGACCUCAGCGUGGUCGUCGGGGAACAGCGGUAUGCUCAAUGGGUCCCGCGCGCUCUAUGGUAUCGCGCGCGAAGGCCACGCUCCCAAGGUCUUCACGCGAUGCAAUCGCUACGGCAUCCCAUAUGUCGCUGUGUGCUCUAUCGGGGCAUUCAUGGCGCUCGGGUACAUGACGCUGGACCGGUCUGCCUCAGUCGUCUUUGGCUGGUUUCAGGACCUGAUUGCCAGCUCAAUUCUCGUCUAUUGGAUCGUCAUCUGCCUCGUCUACCUCCGCUUCUUCUACGGCUGCAAGCGCCAGGGCAUCUCCCGCUCCGAGCUCCCCUGGCGCGGCCCCUUCCAGCCCUACGCCGCCUGGACCGGCCUCUUCGCCUUCAUCGUCAUCCUCCUCACCCAAGGCUACUCCGUCUUCAUCCACGGCCUGUGGGACACCGAGACGUUCUUCUCCGCGUACUUCAACAUCCCGCUCAUCUUGGUGCUGUACUUCGGCUUCAAGAUCGUGAAGCGCACGAAGAUUGUGUCGCUGGAGGAGAUGCCCAUUCGCCACUUCAUUCGCAUCGCGCAGGAGAACCCGGAGAAGCCGGAGAAGCCGGUGAGGGGGUGGCAUAAGCUCAAUAUUUUGUGGGGAUGA